CUGAUCGAUGCAAGUAUUUGGCGGCCGUGGUUGGCUUUUGAUUGUUGUUGCUCGAAAAUACAAGAUCAAGUGGUUUUGUCAUCUGCUCUCGUCUCGACGGAUUGAUUCAUAAUUGAUCAAACUAACACAUUUUUCACACUGUUUCUUUACACUCAAAAGUUCCCCAGUCGCGCACCCCCUUGGCCACGCCAAAAUGGUCGUUGCAGCUUCGUCUGCCGCGCCUUUUGUAGCCUCCCACGUUGGACAUGAUGCAGCAAGAAUUGCCAGCAACCAAACCUGAUGAACAAACAGCAACCUCCAAAAAGAAACGGACACGGUCGGGGUGUUUAAACUGCCGACGGAAGAAAAGAAAAUGCGAUGAAAAUAAACCAUCCUGCACUAGAUGCAGUAGAGUUAACGAGGAGUGCAAAUGGGGCGUUCGUGUUGGCUUUCGCCCUGUGAACCCAUUGACCUGGGUUGGGCCAUCCUCUGAGCAGAGCUUACAGGCUCCGAGUCCGCUGCUUCCCCCGUCCUCUUCUGGUCAGUUCGAGAUUGUCGACCUGACUAAGGCCAUCGUUUACGAAUAUGCGGGGCCAGAAGAGAAGCCAGCAAGGUCCGGGGACCUACGCAACACGACCGGCAAUCCCAAUCCGUCUUCGGCAAACCGUCACAGCCUUUCCCUCCUCGUGGACGGUCGGGGGGAUGCGACGCGCGAACCACCAUCAGGCUCUCUGGGGGACCUGGUCGAAAAUACACCACCAGAAUCACUGAUAGGCGUCAUUCAAAACCGCCGAGGCUCAAAGGAAACAUGCUUAUCAUCAGAGGCACCCACCCACACGCCUUGUGCUGCAGACAGCCUCGAGCUUGCCUCGAGUUACCACAGCCCACAUUCGCCGCUAGCAGAGCACGCAUUCGCCGCGGCCAACCUGCUGUCCCUGCGCGAUCAGGCACCGCCGCCACUCCUGCCCCAGGAGGCCCGUCCAAGCUUGGGCGUAACCUCCGUGUCCGUUCCGGCGGCCAAAUCUGUGGAUACGACCACCGUUGUCAUAACUGAGGCUCCCCCAGCUCCCGUCGGCGAAUUUCUAUCGGAUUAUGGUUACAUUCUCAACAGCGAUGGAAGCCUGCUUCCGGGCCCAACGUACUUUGGCCUGCACAAUACUCUGAGGGACCGCCUCAUCCAGGAAAGCUUAUCUAGGCCCAGCACCCCUUCUCCCAGCUGCGAGGAUGAUGUGGACAUUCAACCAAGCAUGCAAGCUGAUAGGCUUGACCACGGGGAUGGGAGCGCCUUGAACCUCAAACCUGACGAGGAGUAUCUCCUCUGGAAAAACUGGAUCGAUGAGGUGUGCCCUUGGCUCGAUAAAUUUGACUGUCAAGAACACUUUCGACUCAGCCUGUCCAAGAUGGCUAGUUCACAUCUUCACCUCAAAUACUCUAUAAUGGCAGUCUCUGCCCGGCAAAUGGAAAGGCAGAGAGGACCCCAGGGGCCUGCCAUUCCCAGUAGCCUUGCAUUGUACCAACAAGCCAUUCACCACCUUCUCCCCCAGCUGGCAACCCGUAGCACGGCAGUCAUCGCGUCAUGCGUCCUGCUUUGCGUUCUGGAGAUGCUUAGCUCCUCACCAAAAGCCUGGCAAAGGCACCUUGAUGGCUGCGCAACCCUCCUACAGGCCGUUCCCAUCCAUGGCUUCUCUGGAGGAGUGGAUCAAGCACUGUUUUGGUGCUUUGCUCGCAUGGACUUGGCCGGAGGUUUGAUAUCAUCCACCAAGACCCUCAUACCACCACGAGUUUGGACUUCCGAGCCGUCUCUUUCUUCCGCUCUCUCCCUGUUUCAAUCGCACAAAUCCUGCGAUGUAUAUGCAAAUCAGAUCGUCUUUCUCACUGCACACGUCGUCGAGCUGCUUCAUGGUUCUGUCUCGCCAGCAGAAACCAUAGGGCCUCACGGUCGUUCCGGCACUGGUGGCCCUCUCCCCGUGGACUCAGGCAGCCCCAACCUGGCUGGCAGGUGGGAAGAGCUGGCCGGGGCGGUGGAAACCUGGUAUGAGCGACGACCUCAGGAGAUGGAACCCGUCUUUACCGUCGGCACGGGCGACACUACCUUCCCAACGUUACUAUUCAGCAACCCGGCUGCCAUCUCAGGCAAUCAGGUAUACCACACUGCGGCUUUGCUCCUGCUGCAGUACCGGCCUCCGCGGGCCCGUCUGCCGCCAAAAAGCCGCUCUUUACUCUGGCACGCGAGGCGAAUCAUCGGCAUCUCGCUGUCCAAUACGCACCACGGGUGCUGGACAAACAGCCUGCAGCCCAUAUGGAUAGCGGGGAGGUGCCUCAGCAGUCCCGAGGAGCAUCGGGUCAUACUGGACCUCUUGGCGAGGAUCGAGACGGAGAGCGGCUGGGCGACGAAAUGGAGGGCCGACGAUCUUCGGGAGUGGUGGGGCGUACCCGAGUAGCCAAAUAGCCGUCGGUAUGUGGCGGGGAGGUUGGCAAAACUAUGGUUUUCUUUUUUUUUUUUUUCUCUCUUUUUUUUUCCGGUUCACGUAAGAAUGUGACACCCCUUAUUACGACGGGCCCUUAUUUUGGGUAUGAUGGCCUGGGCAGGUUAUGAUGUUUGUAAGGAGUUUACUAUUUGGCAUGAUGCGUGCAUUUGUUACUUGUUUUAAAAAAGGAGAAUACCACGUAAGGACAUGGUGGACCGGGAAAUUUAAUAGUACCACAAGUUGAUGAUGCGGCUGCUUAUCCCUCUUCUGUCGACUGGAGUCUGCCCUUGCAGGGAUCAAUCAUGUACGCUACUGACUCGUGCUGGC